UACGAGUCCCACUCGUCGGGUUUUCAGUUUUGGCCAAGGGCGCAAGGCCGUGCAUGUGUGAGCAGUUGCGAGUUGCGACAAAUGUAAAGAGGCAAAACUACCUUUCGGAAGUUCCAUUUUCUGCUUCUGCUGCUUGCUCUUCUCCUCUUCCCUUCCCCCAAGAGGAGAAGAGAAAGGAGGGAUUGGCAUUAGGUUUCUGGUUUAUUCAAUUCGCUUGAAUUUUCCAUUCCUACUGAGUUCCUCAGCUUGUUCGUCUCAAGAACCGUGUCGAUUAUUUCAGUUUUGGAUCUGACUUCCUCAUCUGGCGGGUUACAAGUUUUUCUGUGGUGGUAUCAUCGCCUUCUCUUUUCAGGCAAAAACGGUCUACAUGUAGCCCUGAAAUUUAAUCUUUGCCAGGGCAGAAUGGUGCAUUUCAGUAUUUUUUGGUCUUUGAAGGAUUUUUACGUUAGAAUAUGGUCACAGCAAUUCAUUUGUUACAGCACAUGUAGAAUCUACUGCAGGAACUAGAGGUUGCCUUGGUCUCAAUGGUAUGCACGCCUGGAAAGUGGAGGAUGGCAGCUAUGGUGAGGCUUUUGGAAACUGGAAAUUUCUCAGAAAUCACAGCAGACUCCUUGCCAGAGGAGGUUAGCCACGAGAAAUUAGCUGUUCAGUCCAUUCAUAGAGAAUUACGUGAGGCAGAUGAAGCAAAUUUGCUUGAAGAGGAAGAUAUGCAUGUUUUUGAUUGCAAACCACUGCAAGACCCUUUGCAUUUGGUUUGUUGCAACGCUUGUAAGAGACCCAUCAAGGCUAGUCAGUAUGCUGCUCAUGCAGAGCGUUGUAGGUCAUUUAAUUCCACAGAAGAAACUGGUUUGGAGCUUGAUGGUGGUACAGGACAUAAGAAACCUCCAAGGAAGGGGAGAAAAAAAUUGCAAACAGCUCAGGACCAAGCUGCUAGAGUUGUGGAGCAAGAGAGGUCUGAGUCUGUCCAUGCGGAUGAUCAUGCCGUUUCAGAUUCCACUGUUGAUGACCAAGCUGGAAUGAAUUAUUCCAUCUCUAGAGAGAUAAAAAGGCACUCAGUUUCUAUUGAUGGGGCUGCUGUAAUUGAUGGUUCAGGACUUAGUCCUGGAAUUACAAACUAUUUAGCAGGUGUAAUGUCUCCUUCAAAAAGACGUACCAAGUUGAUGGCAGUUGAGGGUUUACAACCAUUUGAUGAUUUGGAAACAACAUAUGGGGUAGCUGCAAAUAUGGGCAUAAGUUGUCAAGAGGCUCAAACGUGUGGAGAAUUUUCCAAGGGAUCAAUUACAGGAAGAGGAAAGCCUUGUGAUUCUGUCAGAUAUCGCAAGCCUGGGCAGGUGCCUGAAUGCAGAAUUUCAACCAAAGAUGCUCCAUCUCCUCUAGCAACCAAAGUCUACAACUUACAAAGAAAUAAUCAUCUCCGGUCAGCACUCUGCCAUCUUUAUGAAGCAUCGACAAAUUCCAGUGAUACUCUGAGCCCUAAAGGGGUACAGGGAACUGUGGUAUUGCCAUCUCAGGUUUCAUCACCUAAGGAUUCAUCGCAUGAGAGAAUGGAUGAUCUACCGCAAAAUAAGAAAGAUACUUAUCCAUUGCAUGCUUCACGGAAGCCUGACCAAAUUCUGGCUCAAAGUUCUGAAUUGUGUUUGGGAAACUCAAGUGGACAUCCAGCAGUCACAAACUUCACAAACUUCUCAGAUCAGUUUCAGGAUAAUAACUUCUCAAGACCUGGAAACUCUAUUGAUGCUUCUCCCACGGGGAUGAUGAGGGGCAGAUAUUUUCCUGCUCCUUAUUUUCCUGGAAACUCUGGCACUUCACUUGGGACCAUGCAGCAGGCUAAUGGAAGUGUUCCGGUUAUAUAGGACUCAAAGAAAUGCUUUUCGUAGGGUAAAGUGGAUCUAUCAUUUCCCACUUCAAAGUUGUAGGCCAUCCACCAUUCAUUUUAGCAUUUUCACAUACAAUUGUUACUUUCAACAGUAGAUACCACAUUAUCAAAGUUCCUUUUAUCUACAGGGUGAUAUUAUGAAUCA